AUGAAGAUGAAGGGGGGGGUGGCUGUGGUGACGAUGGCCAUGGAGAAUGUGAGGAUGGUGAUGAUGGCAGAGACAGUGGUGCUGCUGGACUUCGCCAAGGCACACGGGGAGCUGGGCUGGCUCACCCAUCCCUACGGAAAAGGGUGGGACCAGCUGCAGAACGUCCUCAACGACUCCCUGAUCUACAUCUACUCCGUGUGCAACGUCCUGGAGGGGGAGCAGGAGAACUGGCUCCGCACCAACUGGAUCUACCGGGGGGUGGCCGAGCGCAUCUUCAUCGAGCUCCAGUUCACCGUCCGCGACUGCAACAGCUUCCCCACGGCCGGGGGCGGCUCCUGCAAGGAGACCUUCAACCUCUACUACGCCGAGUCCGACGUGGAUUAUGGCACCAACUUCCAGAAGCGGCAGUUCCGGAAGAUCGACACCAUCGCCCCGGACGAGAUCACCGUGCAGGAGGAUUUUGCCGCCCGCAACGUCAAACUCAACGUGGAGGUUCGCUCGGUGGGGCCGCUGCGGAGGAAGGGCUUCUACCUGGCCUUCCAGGACCUGGGCGCCUGCGUGGCCCUGCUCUCCGUCAGGGUCUACUACAAGCGCUGCCCGGCGGUGAUCCGGGGGCUGGCGGAAUUCCCGGAGACCGUGGCCGGGGCGGACUCGCAGGCGCUGGCCGAGGUGCGGGGGGUGUGCGUGGAGCGGGCGGAGGCCGAGCAGGCGCCGGCCCUGCACUGCAGCGCCGAGGGCGAGUGGAUCGUGCCCAUCGGGGAAUGCCUGUGCCAGGCCGGAUUCCAGAGCCUGGGGGACACCUGCCAAGCCUGCCCCCCCGGCACCUUCAAGGCCGCCGUGUCCCCGGGGGGGUGCCAGCCCUGCCCCCCCAACACGGAGCCCUCCCCGGCCGCCGCUGCCUCCUGCCCGUGCCAGGAGGGGUUUUUCCGGGCCCCCCAGGACCCCCCGGAGGAUCCCUGCACCCGUCCCCCCUCGCCCCCCCAGGGGGUCACGGCCGUGGCUCUGGGGGCCGCGGUGCAGCUGCGCUGGGACCCCCCCGCCGACCCCGGGGGCCGCGGGGACGUCACCUACAGCGUCACCUGCGAGCAGUGCUGGCCUGACGGCGGCGAGUGCCGGCCCUGCGACGGCGGCGGGGUGAGGUUCUCGCAGCCCCCCCGGGGGCUCACGGCCACCUCCGUCACCGUCACCGACCUGGAGCCGCUCGUCAACUACACCUUCAGCGUGGAGGCCCGGAAUGGGGUGUCCCCCUACAGCCCCCAGCGCAGCGUGGCCACCGCCACCGUCAGCGUCAACCACACCGAGCCCCCCCGGGUGACCUCGGUGAGCCUGGACGGACGGACAACCACCAGCCUGGCCCUGUCCUGGACGGUGCCACCGCGGCAGCAGAGCCGGGUCUGGAAGUACGAGGUCACCUACAGCAAGAAGGUGGACGAGAACAGCUACUCAGUGCUGCGCUGCGAGGGCCCCUCGGUGACGCUGCCCAAGCUGUCCCCGGGCACCGCGUACGUGGUGCGUGUCCAGGCCCUCACCGCCGACGGCCACGGCGCCUUCAGCCCCCAGCACGAGUUCGAGACCCUGCCCGAGGGCGCCGAGGCCGCGGCAUCCACCGCUGUCAUCACCGGCACCGUCGCCGGCGUCGUCUUCGUCGUCGUGCUCUUGGCCGUUCUCCUCUACGUCCUGCGGCGGAGGAGAAGGUCGAGGCCGCGCCAGUCUGCCGAGGACGUUUACUUCUCCAAGUCAGACCAGCUGAAGCCCCUCAAGACCUACGUUGACCCCCACACCUACGAAGACCCCAACCAGGCCAUGCUGAAAUUCACCACCGAGAUCCCCCCGUCCUUCAUCACCCGCCAGAAGGUCAUCGGUGCCGGUGAAUUCGGGGAGGUCUACAAGGGCACCCUGAAGCGCGGGAGGAAGGAGGUGCCGGUGGCCAUCAAGACGCUGAAGGUGGGAUACACGGAGAAGCAGCGCGUGGACUUCCUGAGCGAGGCCACCAUCAUGGGGCAGUUCUGCCACCACAACAUCAUCCGCCUCGAGGGCGUCGUCUCCAAGUACAAGCCCUUCAUGAUCAUCACGGAGUACAUGGAGAACGGGGCACUGGACAAAUUCCUGCGGGAAAAAGAGGGGGACUUCGGUGUCAUCCAGCUGGUGGGGAUGUUGCGGGGCAUCGCCGCCGGCAUGAAGUACUUGGCCAACAUGAAUUACGUCCAUCGGGAUCUGGCUGCCAGGAACAUCCUGGUGAACAGCAACCUGGUGUGCAAGGUGUCCGAUUUUGGGCUCUCCAGGGUGUUGGAAGAUGACCCUGAAGCCACCUACACCACCAGUGGCGGGAAGAUCCCGAUCCGUUGGACGGCACCUGAAGCCAUCUCCUACCGCAAGUUCACCUCAGCCAGCGAUGUCUGGAGCUUCGGCAUCGUCAUGUGGGAGGUGAUGUCCUACGGCGAGAGGCCCUACUGGGAGCUCUCCAACCACGAGGUGAUGAAGGCCAUCAACGAGGGUUUCCGGCUCCCGGCGCCCCUGGACUGUCCCUCGGCCAUCUACCAGCUGAUGAUGCAGUGCUGGCAGCAGGAGCGCGCCCGGCGACCCAAAUUCGCCGACGUCGUCAGCAUCCUGGACAAGCUGAUCCGCGCCCCCGAGUCCCUCAAGGCACUGGCGGAUUUCGACCCCCGGGUGUCCAUCCGCCUGCCCAGCACCAGCGGCUCCGAGGGUGUCCCGUUCCGCUCCGUCCCGGAGUGGUUGGAGUCCAUCCGGAUGCCCCAGUACACAGAGACCUUCAUGGCCUCAGGCUACAGCACCAUCGAGAAGGUCCUGCAGAUGACCAGCGAGGAUAUCAAGCGGAUCGGGGUGCGGCUGCCGGGCCACCAGAAGCGGAUCACCUACAGCCUGCUGGGGAUGCAGGAGCAGGCGGGGGCCGGGGGGGCCCCGGGCUGACCCCGAGACCCCCCAAAUUAAUCCCCCCCCCCCCGAGGGGUUUAUUUAUUGUUCCUCUUAUUAAUGAGAAUUUUUAUAGUGUUAUUAUUAUUAACAUCCUCCCCCGGGCAUGGGGGGAAAACGGGAGCGCCCCUCCCCCUGCCCUCGGAAAAACGGGUGCCAAUGGAAUUCCGAGCUCCCUGGGAGCUGGGGGAGGUUUUCAGGGGGGGUUUUCUUCUUUUUGCCCCCCCCCCACAUUUCAAGAAAAAAAAAAAAAGGGGGCUCAGUCCCAAAACUGAUUUAUUUUUGCUUUUUUUCUCCCUAUUUAUUCCUCUCCCACCAGGUUUUUGGGUGGUUUUCCCCAUUUCCCCCUCCCUUUAAUGCUGUGCCUGCCAGUGUUGCCUUGUAUUUUUUAACCUAAUUUAUUCUAUUUUUGUAUAUUUAUUGCGAGGAAUUAAAGAUUCGGGUGAG